UUUUCUUUAGCGCGUAGCUCCCUAUAAACACCUCAACGGAAGCUUAUUUGCUUCACAAAACUGAAAACUCCACCGCGCUCCGCCAUUUCACAGUCAAAUUCCCAAGCUACAAUUGCCAAGCCCUAACUCUGUUUCUCUCAGUUGCUUACCUAUCCGCUGCGUAUAGUCAGCAUGAGAACUCGCAAUGCGGACACUCCGAAAUCGGCGGCCAGCAAGAAAACACCGCCGGCCAGGAAAACCGCCGGUAAAUCACAACCCGCGGCUUCUCAGUUGGACUUAGAAGCGGCCGCUCCUAAAACUGUCGAGACGAAACGCGUCUCUGCUGCUGACAGAGCUAAGCAAGUCAAGAAGACGGAGACUACACCCCCUACUGCUUCAAACUCUCAAAAAUCAUCAGUUGAGGAGGCUGAGGCAUCAGCUGGUACUGCCAAGGUGACACCAGCCUCUAAAGUUGGUGUAGUGAAUAAAUUAGUUGCGAAAAAAUCGCCUGGGAAAGCUAAUACACCGGCAUCAGCUAAAUCUGUUUCAUCACAUACACGGAAAGCAGGGGGUUCGGUGAAGGCAAAAGUAGAUGCGUUAAACAAGGAGAAAGUGGCAGAUCUCAAGGAUGCGGAGUCCACAAAGAAGACUCCCAUUUCUGAGAAUGAUGGAAAGUCUGAAAAGGAGGAAAGCCAUGUGGAAUUUGAAGCAUGCACUGUUGAGAAUGUUGGAGAGCCUUCAAGGAAGGAAGAAUCAGCUGUUGGAGGUCAAGAACCAGCUGUUGAGAAGGUUGAACAGCCAACAAACAAACAAAGCGCCAAGGAAGUAGAACCAGAUCCUAAUGAAAAUGAAGAGGAUCCUAUUGAGGAAGAGGAUCCUGUUGAAGAGGAGGAUCCUUUUGAGGAGGAGCAUCCUGUUGAGGAGGUGGAUCCUAUCAAGGAAGAUGAUCCAGUUGAGGCAGAAAAGUCUGUUGUUGGGGAGGUUGGAAAGUCUUCUGAGAAUGAACCAUAUUAUGAUGUAAAAGAGGGAGUGGCAGUGAAAGGAGAUCAGGAGGAGCCAAUGGAUAAUGGUGAUGAAGAGGGGACCCGUGUUGAGGCUGCUAACAAGGUAGAAAAUGUCAAAGAGGGGUUACAAGAAGAAGAUAUUGAGGGUGUAAAAGAUGUGUAUGAUGGUGAUGAGCAGAUGGACGAGUAUGGUGAGAAAGUGGAUCUUGGAGAACAUGGAGAGGAGGAACUUCCAGAGGAUGAUGCAGAGGAUCCUGCAGAAGAAACUGAGACAUUGGAGGAUAAGCAAUUAACAGCCAUUGCAAAUGAACGCAAGAUGAAGAAAGAACGAGAAAUUUUUCUUGGGGGGCUUGAUCGGGAUGCUGUGGAGGAAGAUGUGAGAAGGGUCUUUGAGAGGAUUGGAGGGAUAGUUGAAGUUAGGUUACACAAGAAUACUUCAACUAAUAAGAACAAGGGUUAUGCAUUUGUGGAGUUCGAAAAUAAGGAGCUUGCAAGGCGUGCUUUGUCUGAAAUGAAAAACCCUGUUAUUCGAGGGAAGCGAUGUGGGACAGCACCGAGUGAGGACAACGACACAUUGUUCUUGGGUAAUAUCUGCAAUACAUGGACAAAGGAAGCUAUUAAACAAAAAUUGAAGGAUUAUGGUGUUGAAGGUGUUGAGAACAUAAAUCUUGUCCCAGAUGUUCAACAUUAUGGGUUGAGCCGAGGUUUUGCAUUUGUUGAAUUCUCUUGUCAUGGUGAUGCUAUGCUUGCAUACAAGAGGCUUCAACAGCCCGAUGCUAUAUUUGGUCACCUUGAAAGAACUGCCAAAGUGGCUUUUGCUGAACCUCUACGUGAGCCUGACCCAGAGAUCAUGUCCCAAGUGAAGUCGGUAUUUGUGGAUGGCCUGCCACCUCGUUGGGAUGAGGACCAGGUUAGGGAGCAAUUUAAAUGCUAUGGAGAAAUCUUACGCAUUGUUCUGGCACGGAAUAUGUCUACAGCCAAGCGGAAAGAUUUUGGAUUUGUUGAUUUCUCAACCCAUGAAUCUGCUGUGGCCUGUGUUGAUGGUAUAAAUAAUAUAGAACUGGCAGAUGGAAACUCAAAGAUAAAAGUGAAAGCAAGACUUUCAAAUCCUUUGCCUAAAACUCAGGCUGUGAAGGGUGGAAUGGCCGGUGGAUUUCGAAUUGGUGGUGAUGGUGGUGGUGGUAGUGGUAUCUUUCCAAGAUUCGGGAGGGGUUUUGGUCGCGGUGGACAUCAUUUCAACCGUGCAAAUUUCCAACGUGACAGACAUUUCUAUCAUGGUGGACAAGGUCAAACUGGCAGGAUGGGUUUCCCAAAUGAAUAUGACUUUGAUUACCCAUAUGAUGAGUUUCAUGGACGAGGGGGGAGAAGGGACCCUUUCAUGGGUGGUCAUUAUCCAUCUGCUGGAGGUUCAUCAUCAAGACCCUACAUAGAUGGACCCUGGCCAGGUGCCCCUGAUAGAGGCUAUGGUAUGCAUAUUCCUCCUAGAAGGCUUCCAUAUUCUCCAGAAGGACAUUUUGGCAGACCGCCAAUGGGGGGUCAUUUUGACAGACCGCCAAUGGGGGGUCAUUUUGAUGAACCUUAUUUUUAUGAUGAUAACACACAAGGAAUAAAACGUCCAUUUCAUAUGAGAGACUAUGAUUAUGAUUACUUGGAGCCUAGUAGACGUCGCCCACGGUUGGAUUAUACUGAUCCAACAGCUUCAUUCCGUGGAAACCAUUAUAGUGAUACUUAUGGAGCUGGCAGUAGUCUCUACUCUCCUGAUUAUUAUGGUCCUGAAUAUCAUUCUGGUCCAUAUUCAUCUUAUUAUGGGAGGAAUCACUCAUAUAGAGGAGGCCACUACUUUUAGACUCGAGAACUUUUUGGUAGCCAUGGAUCUGCACGCAGGAUGUAAUUUAUCAAAAAUGGGCAAGUGGAUUGCUGUUAGAAAGAAGUUGAAUAUUUCUUUCACCUCUCUGUCUUCAUCCUACUUUUCCUCAUUCUCCAUCUAUCUUCUUUACUUGUUAGUUGCCUGUUUAGUUAAAUUUGGGUAGGAUUUCCGAAGUUUUGAUGUUUGUAGUUUAGGUAGUCUUUCAAGGACCCCUGACUUAGAAACUUAGUAAUUGUUUGUAUGGCAGAGGUUGGAAAAGAUUUACUCAUCUUACUCUAGGAAUGGACAACUCAAUGAACUCUGUUAUGGUUCUUUUGAAGCUAAGAUGCUUUUUUGAGCCCUAUCUAUAAAUAAUGGCAUGGGCCAUUUGUUUGUUGAUUACAGUUAA